CUUUGUUUUUUUUUCUAAAACAUUACCAACGAUGCCACUCGUUAAUACCACGAAUAAUACCUCUGACAAAGUUAUUAAAAGGAACAAAAGACUAACGGAUUUGGAAUUGGAUCAAGUAAUCGCUCAUUAUGAAAACGGUCUUAAAGCAGUAGCCAUUGGUAAACUCGUAAAUAGGCCCAGAACAACCAUCGCUAGUGUUAUCAGUCUCUACAAGAAAACAGGUUCCCCUAAAGGCAAACCCUCGACUGGAAGACCUAAAAAACUUUCAAAAACAAGUGUUAGAGCUUUAAAAAGAAGCGUUCGCGCUAAUCCGCAUGAGCCAUAUGAGUUUCACAGGGAAGCCUUAGCCCAUGCCGGUGUCCAUGUUUCAAAGGAAACGAUCCUUAAAACUUUAAAAGACGAAGGUUUCGGUUUUUUUUCUGCCAUAAAGAAGUCAGCUCUGACGGAUGAACAAAGGAAGUGAAGAUUUACAUGGAAUAACGAUACGUUCAACUAAACCAAUACCCAAUGAAGAUAAAGAAAGCUUGUCGAACAUUUUUUUUUAAAACGAAACGAUAUUUAAAUGUGUUACAUCCAACUGCUGUCUCCUCAGUGAUGCAAGUGGAGAAAGGAGAGAGAAAAAGACAAAGCAUAGUUCAUUCAUCAGACAAGCUUAAUACAUGUUUAAAGAAAUAGGUCUAGCUAAUCCUAUCUUAAUUUAUUCUUUAUAAAAGUUACCAUGAAGUCACCUAUCGA